CGAUGACGGCCGUGCACGACACGACGACGAUCGUGUUCAACGAGUCGGACACGACGACGAGCGUACACUAUGACGGCCGUGUUCGACACGAUGGCGAUCGUGUUCGACCCAACGACGAUAGUGUUCGACACGGCGACGAUCGUGUUUGACACAACAAGGAUCGUGUUCGACACGACGACGACGGUGUCAGACUCGACGACGAUCUUGUUUGACACGACGACCAGCGUGUCGGACACGACGACCAGCGUGUCGGACACGACGACGAUCGUGUUCAACACGACGACCAUCGUGUUCGACACAACGACGACCGUGUCGACCAUCGUGUUCGACACGACAACCACUGCGGUGGAAGUGUUCAAGAAAACUUGUUGACGUCACCGAAAACCAGCACUGAACACAACCGUCCACGGAGGCUUUACUCUUUGUCUU